AUGAAGAUGACUUUUCAAGGAUCCACGUGGGGAACCCAUUUCAUCAUCUUUUCCCUUCUCCGGGCAGCUAGUGUGGAGAAUCCUGCCGCCCUCAACAAGUUGAUAUCCCACUUUGCAGAAGACAUGUCUAGGCUCGCCAGGAAUGGGGUGUACAAUAGCAUUGGCGCCAGACGAGUCUGGAUCAUGCACAUUGGUGUGAAGGGCGAUUUGCCAGCAUUGGCGAAGAUUGGGGCCCUGGAACGUUCUUUCACUCGAAUGGCACGGCAUGUCAACGGACGUGCUAGGUGCCCAGGGAUAUGCUGGCUGUGCAUGGCAGGCAAGGAAGGUGAGACCGUGGAGGACAGCGUAGCCUUCGAAGAGUUCCAUGCUGAAGCAAAGUGGAAGGGCACCAUGAUGCUUGAAUCCCCCUGGUCAAGCCUUCCGCCCAUCAUGCGUGGACUGCCGUGGACUGCAGGGGAGGAACCAUCCUUCCUGAAAACGGAUCUGUGGCAUAACUGGCAUAAUGGCCUGGGGAAAAUUUGGCUGGCUUGCAGCUUCGUCAUGCUGGCUACGAUGGAUAUUUUGCAAGGGGGAUCCAUAGACGCCAAGUUUGAAGAGCUCACAGUGGAAUUCCUAUCAUGGGCGCGGCGGUUCAGAAUUUCUCCUUACCUUCGGCAGCUGAACAGAGACAGCUUCUCCUUUGCAACAAACAACUCCAAUCCACAAGGCUCUUGGUCGAAAGCUGCAGUUACAACGCAGCUAAUGCUGUUUUUGUCGUUCUUCCUGGAGGCACGAGUUGUUGGUCGGACGGAUGACCCCAUUCUAUGCGGAAUUGCCACUGAAUUGCUUGAGCUUCAUCAAUAUGCGAAAGGCACCCAGCUCAUGAAUAUCGUCCUCUCGGUCUUGUAUGCUGAAGGUUAUUGGAUCCGUGGCUGUACUGCCAAAAAAAUGGGACUCAUGAUGCGAAGCUUCUUGCUUACAUACCAGGAAUGCGCCUACAGUGUUUGCAAAGAAUGGCUAAACAGGUUCAUCCUUGUUCCGAAGGCCCAUAUGAUCUCCCACACUGCCGAAGGACUUAUUGAUGAUGGCACCCGAUGCCAGUGGGCCCCGAGCCCUCUAGCUACCAGCAAUCAGCAAUCAGAAGACAAUAUAGGAUGA